CAGUCCCAGUCACAGUCACUCUUUAUCCAGCACUCUCACUCUUUCUCUUUCCAACCUUCUAAACGAACCCAAAUUGCAUUGUUCUUCUGCCAUAAUCACAGCUUCAACAGAGGCAGAGUUGGCGUGACAACUUACAAGUGAAGCUUUCGUACGGUUUUAUGCGAUACAACCAAGUAACCAACCAUUUGACAUUGCGAAAUCGAGAACAAUGCUUAUCCUGAACUCUUGUUCUUCACUGCAUACAUGUCCAAAGCUUAUUUUGUUAGGCAACCGGCAAGUCCAGUUUUCUGCAGCUUUUUCUGUUACUCUUCCUUGUUAUACUCAAACAAGGACAUCUCUCUUAGUUGCUAAAGCAGAGCGAAAUGAUAGAAGUAAAAACCAUGAGUUUCCGAUAGAUAUUGAAGCAUUUAAUGUUGAUGAUGACAAUGAGAUACGUAAUAAUGAGUUCCCGCCCCACCCUAAAUUUAUGGAGGGUUCAGGGGGAAAGGAAGAAACAGAUUAUGAUCGAGACCCCGAGUUUGCAGAAAUUCUAGGUGAUUUGUUGGAUAACCCGGAUAAGGCACAAUCUCGUGUGGAGGAAAGAAUAAGGAAGAAAAGAAACAAAGUAUUGCAGGCCAAAACUGGUUCCGCAGUACCCAUGAAAGUAACAUUCAACGGAUUUGAUUUUUCAAGCUCUUACAUUUGGUUUGAAUUCUACAAUGCUCCUCUACCAAGUGAUGUUUCCUUAAUUUGCGAUACAAUUAGAUCAUGGCACAUUGUUGGACGUCUUGGUGGAUGCAAUUCCAUGAACAUGCAGUUGUCACAAUCUCCCAUGGAUAAAAGACCAACUUAUGAUGCCAUACGAGGAGCAAAUGUGUCACCAACCACAUUUUACAACAUUGGGGACUUUGAGAUUCAAGAUAAUGUAGCGCGCAUCUGGAUGGAUAUCGGUACCAGUGAACCAUUGCUUCUAGAUGUCUUGAUAAAUGCCUUAUCCCAGAUAAGCUCUGAUCACAUUGGAAUUAAGCAAUUAGUAUUUGGUGGAUCUGAAUUCGAGAGCUGGAAAGAGAAUCUGACAUCAGAAGCUGCAGGUUGCAGUGUUCACAAGAUUUAAACUAAUAUGAGUAGGUAGGUUUAGGUAGGGAAAAGAAAUGAUUAUAGAAUAUGUUAGCUAUAUGUAUCAUUGUAGUCCUCCAGAUUGUACAUCUAAGGAUAGUUAAAAGUUGGAUAUCUUUGUAAAGCUCACUUUUAGUAUGCAUGCUUAAACUCGUAAGUUUCUUUAUCGAUUAAGAAGAAGAAAAAAAAAAUUGGUUUCCCUUGGUAAA